GUAAAUAAUGUUAAUAAUGAGGUGUGAAAACAAGAUUUUGAUAAUGACAAUGUGUAUUAACAAUUACUGAGCUUUUGAAUCGUGAAUGUAAUGGUAUACAGAACAAUGAGGUUCCAUAGGAGGUGUGGUGACAGAGUCACUUUGUUAAACGACAAUUCCACUGCCGUGCGUAAUUUUGUUGAAUUUAAUCAUGGCUUAAUAUUGAGCGCGGAACCUCUCAAAGAUGAUGUUAUGUUUGAAGUGUGUAUUGAUAGGAAGGUAAAUGUUUGGAAUGGAUCCCUUGAAAUUGGAGUCACAACAUUGGAUCCGGAAUAUAUGGAACUACCGGCAACUGCCACCAAGCUACGGAACACUGCUUGGAUAAUGUCAGGAAGUUCAGUUGUAAAAGAUGGGUCAACUUUAGUCAAUUCAUAUGGUCCAGAGCUUGAUACAUUACGAGAAGGCGAGUGUUUAGGUGUUAUGCGAACCAGUAAGGGUGAAUUAGUAUUCUACAUAAAUGGUAGAUGUCUUGGGAUAGCAGCUCGAGAUUUACCUCCAAGACUGUUUGCUGUUAUAGAUCUGUAUGGUCAAUGUGUACAGGUUUCUAUUAUGCAUUGUAGCAGCAGUGGCAUGAGACCAAUUAUGGAGGGCAGCUUAGAUCAGAUUGAGGAAGACCCAAAUAAUGAUGACACACUGAUAUCCAGCGACAUUGAAGGCGCUGGUAUGCCACCUGAGAGUAACCCCUAUCCCAAAGAGACAAGAGAGGUUUACAUUCCUAUGUCCUCAGAUGCUGCUUGUGCUCUCGUGGCUCAAGAUCGUUUGCGGUUUCACCCACGAUGUGGCAUAUUAGUUAAGCUGUCAGCAAAUAACAAGUCUGCAGAGAGAGCGAGGCCGUUAGAUGAUUACAACAACGGAGUGGUGAUGACGCAUCGCCCUUUGUACGACAACGAGCUAUUUGAGAUACGUAUCGAUAGACUGGUGGACAAAUGGAGUGGCAGCAUAGAGGUGGGAGUAACAACACAUAACCCUGCAACAAUCCGAUUCCCUUCUACAAUGACUAACAUGGAUUCGGGUACUAUUAUGAUGUCUGGUUGUAAAGUGCUACUCAAUGGACACGGGACUUGUAUGGAGUAUGGAAACUUUAAUUUGGAUGAGUUAAGGGAAGGUGACACUGUUGGAUUAAUGAGGAAAGGUAAUGGGAAGUUACAUUACUUUAUCAAUGGUGUGGAUCAAGGUGUCGCCACUGACAAGGUGGAUCAAACUGUGUGGGCUGUUGUGGAUUUAUAUGGGAUGACUGUUAAAGUUUCAAUAGUGGAUCCCUGUGAGGAUAUGGAUAGCAACAUCAACAACCUGCCAUUGCCAGUAGAAACGCCUGAUCUUCCUGCUCCAAGCCGGUUUAGACCUAGAAUAGAUGAGGAUAGCCUUUUAUUUCAUACGCUGCGUGAUUCGAAUGUUAUUAUUAUUAAUGAUGGUAAGACUGCUCAUAGGCCUAAUGCUUUCGAAUACUUCAACAACGGCAUAGUGAUGACGAACCGCACUCUAAGAACGAACGAGUUGUUCCAAGUGCGUCUAGAUCUCGUCAUUCCCAAGUGGGCCGGAAGCAUUGAAAUUGGGGUCACGCAGCACUCCUCCUCAGACAUACAGUUUCCAUUCAAAAUGAGCAAUGCGAAAUCCGGCACUUGGGCAAUGACCGGUGAAGACAUAAUCAGAGAUGGGACGAUAAUCAUCCCACAAUAUGUUAGAAAUCUUAACAGACUUAUGGAGGGCGACACUGUGGGCGUGAUGCGCAAAGAAAUGGGCAUUCUACACUUCUUUGUGAACGGAGUUGAUCAGGGGCCGGCCGCGUUCAACAUUCCUGAACACGUUUUUGGAAUUAUUGAUCUGUACGGGCGUGUAGCCCAAGCAACCAUCGUGGAUUCGUACUCUCCACCACCAGUGUACUCUCCGGAGUCGCCGCUAUCUACUGAGUCCAACGCGACCAUUUACCCAGACAUGUGUUUCCAUCGGGUGCAUGGUCGUAACGCGCGACUCAGUCGUAACCGGCUGACGGCGUCACGCGCCACCGUCUAUUCGGAGUUCAACGACGCUGUACUCUUCAGCUCGCGGCCUCUACGCGAGUGUGACAUGUUCGAACUUCGCAUCGACAAAAUGGUUGACUGCUGGAUCGGCAGCCUUGAAAUCGGGGUAACUGCAAUUCGCCCUGACGACCUGGAAGCUAACGGCGGGGUGGGCGCAGUGGCUGGGACGGCCACAGAUCUAAACUGGGACACAUACAUCUUGAGCGGAGCCGCCAUGAUGAAAGACGGCGAGUGUGUCCGUAGCGGCUACCCCCUCGAUCUCGACACGCUUACUGUUGGCAGUCGCGUCGGCAUGAUGUGGCACGCGGAUCGAAGUCUACACUACUACCUGGACGGUAUGGACAUGGGCAAGGCGUGGUACGUUCCACAUCUCAACAUAUAUGCCGUUGUUGAUCUCUACGGGCAAUGCACUCAGGUAACGAUAUUGCAAAACGAAGAGAGGGCAUUCAACUAUAAUGGUUGCACAAACUCUGACAACUCUCUGUUGAGCAAUUCUCGUGCUAUCGCAUCGCCGCCACCUCCAUAUUGGAGUUUCUCCGAGUAUUGUGGUGACAACAUUUGUCUGAUGCACGAUUACUCCUACGCGCGACGAUUGACUUGUGACCCAAUGGGUGCAAUUUGCUUCAGUUCCGCUCAUCUUGCCGUUGGAGAAAUAUUUGAGGUAAAGAUAACGGAGUGCAAGUACGGCUACUCGGGCAGUUUCCGCAUGGGUGUGACGGACAUAAACAUUCUGAACGCGCAUGUGAACCGAAGUUUUCCACCUUCAGUAGCCUGCCUGCCGCAUUACACAGCGUACAUCGAUGGAAAGUACAUAAAAUAUUCGAAGCCGGGUGCUCGCGAGCAGGAGUUGCGUUCUUUCGUGCCGUCGUUCGAGUGGCUAAGGCCCGGCGACCGCAUUGGUCUCAAAAAGACCAAUGAUUCUCGCGUACUUGUCUAUUUUAACUCUGAGUGCCUAGACGUCAGCUUUGAAAACGUGCCUGAUAAAGUGUAUGUCGUCAUGGAAAUAUUUGGCCAUGUUACGAAAAUACAAUCUGUAUCGAGGGGAACCAAUGUCGGUGCUGCCUUGCCCCAGACAACAAUUCCCAAUGAUGAAUACCAGAAACUAUCAUCGAACACUUUGAGCAAUAAUGGGUCAAAUGGCGUUGUUUUGUGCAAUGGUCAAACGCAUGGUGUUGAGUCGUCUAAUGGAGAGUCUCUGGAGGCAGCCGACGCGCCUACGGCACCUGAGGCGCCGCUGGCGGAUGGUGAACCAGUCACGGUGAUUAAUGAGAACGCUGAUGCAGCCGCCGAUAGCAACAUUGAGCCUGGUGCUACCGUGACGGCCGAAACGCCAAGACGCCGCUCUCGCUCUCUGCCUUACACUUUCCAUUGCGUUCAUGGAGCUAACAUCAAACUAUGCAGCUCAGACACCGUGGCAUGUAGGGUCAAGGAACAUCAUCACGGUAUCGCCAUAGUGAGUCAGCCACUCCGCAGAGGGUACAACUUUAGGUUUCGUGUGGACAAAUUGGUUAUGGAAUGGUACGGCAGCGUCUCAAUCGGUGCGGUGGGUACGCUUCCAGCGGGGCCAGAGUCUCUCCCGUUCUGUGCCAGCCUACUCGAACCGCCUGGCGUAUGGGUCGUCAACGCGGAAAUUUUGCGAGAUAACGGAAACAUUAGAUAUCCUGAAAUGAAGUUUGCAGCGGCGUUGAAUGAAGUGGUCGAAAAUUCGGUGCUGACGCUGCACUUCAGAUUGAAUAGUGAGCUUGUUGUUGAGCUAGACGGUCGUGUGCUUGGUGCCAUUGCCACCAUCUCUCGCAUCCACAACCAUGUCUUCCCGCUCAUAGACCUUUAUGGGAAAGUGUCACAGGUUUCGAUACUACUCCACCCCUACGUGGUCGGCAAUGGUGCGUCUUUAGAUCUACCGAUCAUUACAGAAAAUCUUCACGAAGAAUCACUGGCGGAGCUUGAGCUGGAUGACGACGACAGUGCACGGUUCACUUUGAGUCUACCACCUUCUCAAGAAGCUCGCUCCAGGCGCAAAACUAAAGCUUACAGCCAAGACAGUCUAGUUAAUGAUAUAACAGAACCCUUCGUGGUGCUAGCCGGACCCAGCACUUCUGAACCACUUCCUAUGUGUCUUCCAAAUGACAAUGAAUUUAUAAAUAAUGAAAACAAUCCCAGAAACUUUCCGAAUCUACUUUCGUUGCAUCAUAGCUUAUUAUUGGCUGAGAGGGCCACUUUUUGCGCCCCCCCGGCUUACCCUCUUGGCCAGGUGAACAAUGAUGCUGUUAACCGGUGUAUUCCAAAAAGUCACUCUACUCAAAGUUUCUGCCAAACGACUGAUGAGCUGACAUUAGAAACGGAAAUAAAAGAAGCACUGAAGCAUUCAAUGAGCUUGGACUCGCGCCUUGGCGAUACUGGCGAUUUCUUCGACGUGCAAGAGAACUUCGACACCAACAUCCAGCAUAACGAUCGCUACCCCGAGGCGAAUGAUGUCGAUAGUUUGGAUAAUGAAAUCAUGGACGCUUUGACUUUGGAGACGGGAAAUCUACCUGAUUUAACAGAAGAGCAGUCGUCUUCGCUCGACGAAUCAACUCGCCGCGACGAUUUUUGGUCGGAGACGUUGUCCGUGGAAAAUUUAAAUUAUUUGAAUCGUAUACUAUGUUUGGAUCAAGACGGAACAGAGGGGCAAAGUCUGGAAGCGGAAUGGGAGGCUUCAGGGGAAAGCUGCGAACAUUUGCACCUAGUUCUCAAGUAUUGGCAUUUUCUGGUGCUACCCUUUCCGGAGCUUCGACAAGCGGUAUGUUGGGGACAAGUGCGGUGUUACUGCAGUAGUUGCCAGCCCGAUGCGCAGCCACCACUGGCUGGUUGGGUGCGUAUCGAGCGUAUCGACGGUGUGGGCGCGUGUCGCAAGGCAUUCUGGCAUGUGGCGCGGCACACACUUAGUUCGGCGCAGGAGCAGACUGGUCCCGUGCGCCGCCCGCGCUCACUCGCGGCGGCGCCAUGCACCUCGCCGCCGUUUGCAGAUAUUUGGUUCGACGAGGAAGGCAAACCGCACCAUACUGUCCUAGCUAUUGAAAUUGAUGUUGAGGGCUCUGAAGCGAACAAUGAUCGACUGUUAGCGUUCCUUAUAUAUCUGAAAUCUCAUGUGGUGUUCAUAGAUGACAACCCGCCGAGUUUAGAGGAGUAAGCGAUUGCAGUCGAGAGGCGCCGCGCGUUACUUGAGCGCAGUGAGGCGUCAGACGCCGACCACACCGUAACCGACGCGCGUCGCCAGGCGUUGUAGUUGAAGAACAGGACGCGACGCGACGAUUCGACUCUGCGCCAGUGUGAG